AUGGAACGUUCUCGUAAGCAAGUCCAUAUCCAUCAACCAAUCGUUACAGAGAAUUUAACCGGAACUAUUGCUACUGGAACUGUCAAUGGCGGUAUCGUAAAUGGACUGCCCAUGUCAACGUAUGAAAUAGCAGACAGGAAGAAUUCCAAGAGAAAAGUUACCAAUGAUGAUACAGACAAGGACGAUACAGAUGCAUCAACAUCACCCACAAAAAAGGAUCAGAUCGAUAGUUUUUUUCAAAGCUCCACUGAACAAAAUCAAACCAAUGCGACUAUAAAACGGCGGAAAUCGGAUGAAGAAGACAUUCCCAACGAGGAGGACGAGCUUACUAGUUAUUUAUACUCACAAGAAGUAUUAAAUGAAGGAGUCGAAUUAUCAACUUGUAAAAAGGCGAAAAAAGCUACAAGAGUUGCUUCAAAAACAAAUACUCGGAAAUCAAAAAAAAAUGCUUCAGAGACAAGUACUCGGAAUAAUAAUGAAAAGUCUUCUUCUGAGCAGUCUUCCUCUUCUGAUUUAGUGCCCGAGGAUGACGAAGAAAUAAAGCUUGAUUUUACAAGCAUUGAAAAAGAAUUGUUACGGGAACAAUCAAAUGAGUGGGAAGUCGGUACCAUAAAUGUAUCGCAAAGAUUUAGAAAAUAUCAAAUAGAAGUACUUGAGAAAGCGAAGACUGAUGGACUAAAAUGGGGUGAUUUUCAUGAAGUGUUGGCAUUGUCUUCCGUAAUUGUCUUAAAUUCGCCUUGCCCCUAUCCUGAUCAUAUUUUCACCACUCGGGAAUGGCGGACGAUUACACGUGAGAAUCGCUAUGUUAUAACUGAACCGGUACUGCCAUCGGAUGUGUGUUUCUCCUUACGGAAUUCUUUGGCCGAAUUCAUGGAAGGCAAGGCCCCUUUUUUAUCCUUGGGAGAUUCCGAAAUCGGGCGGGUGGUCUCACGAAUAUUUAAUGACAUGUGUAGCAGUGUUCCUAAAGUUGCUCCAACAAAAACUUCAGAGGAUGAGCACUGCUUCAAGUUGCUACAUCCAAUCAUCCGUCCAUUUUUUUUCACUGAUUCACGCGAAGAAUAUGUUAUUCGACUGAAUCGUACUACUAGCGGUACGGCGACAAGGCCUGAUUUUUCGUGCCUGGUUAACGAUAUUCCUAUCUUGAAUUCGGAGAUAAAGCCACCCGGAUUCACACCUCUCCAAGGACAAAAGGACAAGUUGAAGGUACAGUUGAGAGCGCGAAAGUCAAUCAAUCAAUUAUUAAGAACGAAAGGUGGACCAGACGAAACGGUUUUGCUAACAAAUCAAGGAGAUUUGGUAGAAUCACACAUAAUGGAUCUGAGAUACGAUGGACUUUAUCGUUCAUGGCCGUUUUUAACUACACGAUUAAUCAAGGAUAAAACGACCAUUCCUUUAAUGGAGUCGAAUAUCCGCCACAUUAAAGCAUUAGAGGAACGCAUCAGCAAAAUUGCUGAGGAUUACAAUUCCCGAGGUUGCCAAAGUGAAAUAACUCCAUUACAAACACGAUAUAUGAGAGACUUACCAAAUAGUCCGCAAAUAAAAAAGAUACUUAAUAUUUGA